GAAAAUGAUUCACUAAGUGCGUGCAGGGGCGCUAAGAAGCUUCCGAGGAAGCCAGAAGCACGGAGCAAGAGACAUGUCGCGGCGGGGUCUAGUGCAAGGACCAGAUUUCAGCAAUUUCCAGCGUCGAUAUUUCACGCCAUCUGAAGUCGCCCAACACAAUAUACCGGAAGACCUCUGGGUCUCCUACCUGGGAUCCGUGUACAACCUAACGCCAUUGGCACAGAAGUACAAGGGAGAUUUGCUCCUGAAACCCAUUGUGGAAGUUGCGGGACAGGACAUUAGCCACUGGUUCGAUCCAAAGACCAGAGACAUUCGCAAACACAUAGAUCCUCUGACCGGCACCCUGAGAUACCGCACCCCGCGGGGCCUGUUUCUGCACAUCCCACCUCAGCUACCCCGUUCGGACUGGGCCAAUGAUUUCGGAACGCCCUGGUGGCAGGGCUCAAAAUACGAGGUGGGGCGGCUGUCAUCCAAGACCCGUAACAUUCGCAUCAUUAACACGCUCACAUCGCAGGAGCACUCCCUGGAGGUGGGAUCUCUGGAGUCAGUGUGGGAAAUUCUGCAUCGUUAUCUCCCCUAUAAUGCACAUGCAGCCAGCUAUACAUGGAAAUAUGAAGGGAAGAAGUUGAACAUGGAUUAUACCCUGGAAGAAAAUGGAAUACGAGAUGAAGAGGAAGAAUUUGACUAUCUCAGAAUGGAUGGUGCACUCUACACACCUGCAAUAUUGCUCUACUUCAACGAUGACCUUACAGAGCUAUAGGAAAGGACAUAUGUAACUCAUGUAGAAUCAAGACCUGUUUCCUGUUUCUGUGCCCUGUAGAAAAAGUAUGGGAAUGAAGGUGGGGUGCUCCUGGAUUCUCACCUUCAUUACAUUCUGGGAACUGGCCUUUGGAUGGGAAUGCCAAAGGUCCAAAGAUCCUAUUCCCCAAAUCCUUUAUAAUGGCUCAGAGAAAAUCAGGGAUAAUACUAGAAGAGCAUUAAUUUUUAGGAAUAAGGACCAGACAAUUUGGACUAGGUUAUAGCACUUGUCUUGCAUACAGCCACUCGGGAUUCGAUCUCUGGUACUGCAAUAUGGUUCCUCCCCCUCCUCUCUGCCCCCAGAACCACUGAGUGAUCUCUGAGC